GACGAUCCGGUCAAGGGACAAGAUUGUUGGAUUGGACUGACUGGAGAGAACUUUAAGAUUCGCGGCCCGAACUACUUGAACGAUCGAAAAAAGAUCAUGUCGGAGCGCUGCGUAUUUAGAUGUCUUUGCUGUGAGUUGAUCAAUUCUGCCAACCGUCUUGAGCAUUUUAGCCAGAACAGCAAGUCUCUUGUUCAGAAGCUAAGACGCGAGGGCUACAAGGGCUUCAUUUAUGUGUACAACAUUAUGGUAAAGUACAAGGGAAAAUACGUGAGUAUGCUGAGCUACUUCGAAGUCCCCGAGGAUCUUGAGUCCGUUUCACCUCAUGUGAACCAGCUGUGGAAGCGGUACUUGGAAUCGGACGACACGUUCCGAAACGACCGCCUGAAGAUGAUAGCGCGUUGUCCUGAGAUAUCCUACAAAUAGGAGUGCGGUGUCUUAACGCCAAGGACCUUGGUUUGUAAAGAAAUUGGUGGGAAAUGUUCCCACGAUUAUCGGUCACAAAUUGCCACAGAAAACGUUCCGCGGAGAAGGCUACUGCGAGCAGAUGAUUGAUGUGACGGCAGAUAAGUUCAUUGCGAACUCUGUGGAGAUGACGCUGAAACAGGCAAAGAAGAUCGUGAUUGAUCUCGGACUGGUGAUCGAGUGUAAGGAGGCGGAAUUGCUUCCGGAACGAUUGCUGUGCGCUUGGAGAAUAUGCAGACCGGAUUUGACUCAGACGGUGAACAUUGACUA